UAGUAUAUUUUCACAAAUUUCUAAAUAAAAGCAAUGUGAUUGGAUAAAAUAUAUGCAUUACUAAGCAAAGAUGCUUACAAAAAAGUCCUAUAAGCCAUACACUUUCAGUAAUGUGCUUACACUGCACUAUACUGUGUACACUUUACAUAUCUGACCGUAUGCAAUGGAUUAUUCACCAAGAGGUUUCCUAGCGCGCGCUGUGGUGGACAAAACCCGAAAUGAUAUCUCACUGGACAAUUGUGACAUGUCCGCGUGGUACACCCUAUCGAAGCUUCCGGAAAAGUAUGAGAAAAGGUUCGUCAAUAUGCAGAACCCUGAUGAGAUAACCCUGAAGUGGUUGGAACAAUCGAAGGAAGUAUCCGGAAAGCUUUGGUUGCAGUUGUGGCAUUUGAUUGCCAAGGCUUUUCUAAGUGUAUUUCUAACACAAACGGACGUCAAUGGCAUAUUGAAGCGAGGAUCGAUGUUCAUCCUUUCGGAGCCCCAAUUUAGGUACUUGUUGGUGAAAAGCGGAAUUGAGAAUGCCUUUGCCGGUGAUUCAAGAGAAAUCCAAGUUUUGGAUAUUGGAGCUGGCGAUGGAGAAGUAACCUUAAGACUUGUGAAUGGAAUUGCCUCAAUUUUCCCGUCGUCGCCUAUGAAACUGUACGCAACGGAGUCAAGUUGGAUAAUGCGAUCGAGGCUUGCAGAGAAGCAAAUUACGGUGUUAGAAGAGAUAAACCAACUGAGAGACGUUGAAUUUAUAUCAUGCCUGAAUGUUCUUGAUCGCUGUAUUGAUCCACACCAGUUGCUGUAUGACAUGUACAACGCACUCGCACCCAAUGGAAGAUUGUUACUGGCGUUGGUGUUACCCUAUAGCCACUAUGUUGAAAAAAACUCUAGCCACAUGCCACUACGGCCGCUGAUGGAGCACUGGCCUAGCCUUUCUUGUCUGCCAAUGGAGAAGGAAAUCGAGAAGUUUUUCGAACAACUGGAACACGUUGGAUUCAAGAUACUAUCGUGGACUAAGGCUCCGUACUUGUGCGAAGGCGAUCUCAAGCAGUAUUUUUACUGGUUAAAUGAUAUACUGGUAGUAUGCUCAAAAUAGUACAUAAGAAGGUAGUAUAAGGAUUAGUGAUAACAUAAAACGCAUUUAUUGUAUUGUAGAAUUGAAACAUAUAUUAUUAAUAUAAUCGUUCCUAUAUGGAUUAAGUUGCAAGUAUUGGCGCUUUGAGUAUUCUUUCAAUGUAAAGCAAAUGCUUAUUAGUGAGAUUCCUGACCAGAAGCACAUAACAAGAUCAUAACAAAAUUAUGACAUCUGUUGUGAGAAAUAACACGAGUUUAUAUAAUUCCAUAACAAAAUUAUAAUAACAUUUGUUAUUACCUUAGUAACGAAAUUAUAACAAAGCUUGUUUCAUUUAUUCAAACAGAUGUAUAACAACCUUUGUUAUAGUAUGCAUUAUAAUAUACUUGUAUAAUAUAAUUUCGUAACACGUUUA